GGCCAAGUUUUCUUUUUGGUGAUUUAGGGAGCGGAUUAGCAAAAUGGAGAAAUACUAAAACCCAAAGAAAGUUCUUCGAUAUUUCCAACCUCCUUCUCGUCAAAUGCCAAGUGUUUUUCCCGAAACCUCUACUUUCUCCUCGAGAAACAGUCUCCUGGCUCCACCACCCUACAGAUUCCCCACCUUACAGAUUUAUUUCUGAAUUUUUAUCCAAUCAGGACCUUCCCUACUCCCUCCGGAGAUUUACUUUCCUCCUUUUGAUCAUUUCAACGGUUCAGAUUCACUCUCACUUCUCUCAUACCGCACCUCCCUCUCUCGUUUUCUAUAAAACGCAGCUCUUCACCCCGAAGUUUCAGUUUCAAGCCCCUAGAAGAAGAAGAAGCUGAAUAGAAACGCAGAGAAUCAGAAUAAUUUCCUCUUCAUUUUCUACGCUCUGAGAUGGAGAACGAGAAGAAAAAUCCGGAAUUGAAGCAUUUAGGGUUCGUGAGGAUGGCUGCUAUCCAGAUGCUGGUGUGCGUCUCGAAUCUGUACGAUUACGCGAAGCAGAACUCAGGGCCAUUGAGAUCUACCGUUGGGACCGUUGAGAAGGCUGUAACUACGGUUGUGAGUCCAGUCUGCCAGAAAUUCAAGGACGUGCCUGGUGAUCUUCUUGUAUUUCUUGAUAAAAAGGUAGAUGAAGGUACACGGAAGUUUGAUAACCAUGCUCCACUUGUGGCUAAGCAGGCCGUGAGUCAAGCGCAGAGUUUGUUACAGAUUGCAUCACAGAAGGCUCAAGGACUUGUGCAUGAGGCUAGCGUUGGAGGACCACGUGCUGCUGUGCGUUAUGCAGCCAGAGAGUCUAAGCACUUUGCCCUGACCCAAUCUGUAAAGGUGUGGAUUAAACUGAACCAGUUCCCUGUGGUUCACAGAGUUGCAGAUAUGGCUGUUCCCACAGCUGCCCACUGGUCCGAGAAGUACAACCAUCUUGUCAAGGACAUGGCCCAGAAGGGUUAUACAGUCUUUGGUUACGUGCCUUUGGUUCCAAUUGAUGAAGUAGCCGAAGCAUAUAAGCAAGGUGAAGCAGAGAAGAAAGAAAGCGCAACUGCACAUAAACCUGAUUCUUCAGAUUCGGAUUAGAAGGUUGCAUUUAAGUGGUUGGGUUUGCUUAAUCCAGGGGUUUGGGAAAAUGUGACAAAAAGUGCGUGGGUCUAGGCUGAAAUGCUAGGAGAUGGCAAACCUGCAAAUGGGAUCUUAAGGACAUAUUAAUGUGGUGAUGAAUGUGAAAGGUUUUGUAAAUACUCCGUUGUGCUCUUUGGACAAUAAUCGUAUUUCCGCUAGUUCUUCA